UCCAUCGAUGUUUCUUCACCUCUACAAGCCAGGCGAAAAAACGGAAGAAAAGUGAGGAAAUAAUUAGCGUGCCAUCGAUUAUAUAGUUGGUACUUACUCGAAGUACCCGCGACCUAAUCUUGCCAAGCGGAUGGCUGCCUAAGACGAGGAACUUUAGGAAAAGGUAACACACACAGAAAAGAAAAGACCCCAAAAUGACCCAAUAUCUGCCGCCGAAUCUGCUGGCGCUGUUCGCGGCCCGGGAUCCCAUACCGUUCAUGCCGCCGGUGGACAAGCUGCCGCACGAGAAGAAGUCGCGCGGCUACCUGGGAGUGGCCAAGUUCAUGGCCGAUUUCGAGGACCCCAAGGACACGCCGCUGCCGAAAACGGUGGAGACGCGCCAGGAGCGGUUGGAGCGGCGGCGGCGCGAGAAGGCCGAGCAGGUGGCCUACAAGCUGGAGCGCGAGAUAGCCCUGUGGGAUCCGACCGAGAUCAAGAACGCCACCGAGGAUCCCUUCCGCACGCUCUUCAUUGCCCGCAUCAACUACGACACCUCCGAGUCGAAGCUGCGCCGCGAGUUCGAGUUCUACGGGCCCAUCAAGAAGAUCGUCCUGAUCCACGACCAGGAGUCAGGUAAACCCAAGGGCUACGCCUUCAUCGAGUACGAGCACGAGCGGGACAUGCAUGCCGCCUACAAGCACGCCGACGGUAAGAAGAUCGACAGCAAGCGCGUCCUGGUGGACGUGGAGCGGGCCCGCACCGUCAAGGGCUGGCUGCCGCGUCGCCUGGGCGGCGGUCUGGGCGGCACGCGUCGCGGCGGCAACGAUGUGAACAUCAAGCACUCCGGCCGCGAGGACAACGAGCGGGAGCGCGAGCGCUACCGUCUGGAGCGGGAGCGCGAGGAUCGCGAGGGGCCAGCACGAGGUGGAGGUGGUGGCUCCAAUGGCCUGGAUGCCCGGUCUGGACGCGGUGGUUUCGGCGCGGAGCGGCGACGCUCACGCUCCAGGGAACGACGCGACCGGGAGAGAGAUCGCGGACGUGGCGCCGCUCUGGCCAGCAGCGGUCGCUCGCGCAGCCGUUCCCGCGAGCGGCGAAAACGACGAGCGGGCAGCCGGGAGCGGUACGACGAGUUCGACCGCCGCGAUCGGCGCGACAGGGAGCGCGAACGGGAUCGCGAUCGGGAGCGCGAGAAGAAGAAGAAGCGCUCCAAGUCGCGCGAACGCGAAUCCUCCAGGGAGCGGCGCGAACGGAAGCGCGAGCGAAGGGAUCGCGAACGCGGCGGCACCGGAUCAUCCGCCGGCGGCGGUGGCGAAAUCAAGGAGCGCAAGCCCGACUUCCGCGACAUGGACGUCAUCAAGAUCAAGGAGGAGCCCAUCGACGAUGGCUACCCGACAUUCGACUACCAGAAUGCGACCAUCAAGCGGGAGGUGGAGGACGAGAACGAGGAGAAGUAUCGGCCGCCGCCAGCGCAUCACAAUAUGUUUAGUGUGCCGCCGCCGCCCAUUUUGGGUCGCAGCUCGGGCAAUGCGAAUCCCAAUCCCGACAACGGACAGCAGAGCUCCGGCGACCAGAGCUGGUGGCGUCAGUAGAAACGAGAGGAGGAAGCUUUCAAGGUUAAUAGUGGUAGAAUUCAGCCGUCUGUCUCGGUCGCAACUAUUUAUUCAUUCGACUCGAGGCACUGCAAUCGUGGAGUUAUCCAUUUUACACAGAAAAACUUUUAAGGUACCGCUUGGAGGAGAAGAUUAUAUACAAACCCAGACCGCUAAACGCAGAUGCCACUAAUUUGUGCGUAGCUUAAAUCAUUUAAAUUUAUAAGUAACUCUUAACAAAUGAAUAUGAAAGAAAAGUAAGUAAAAUAAAGCUAGCCCUACA